UCUCUCUUUUUUUUUUCCUUUUAUUUACAACCAACACGUAUGUCUUUUUCAUUUAGUAGAGAUCGUAUUGCGGAAUUAAGAGGCGAUAGUCAGCCAACAACAGGGUAUCGGAGAAGCAAUGAUGAAUACAAUGAUGGAUUUGGACCUAGACGAACACCAGCAGGAUAUGAUACUACUCAACGAACAAUACCAGCAACUUCACGGUAUAAUGAUUCUGAUCAUCAAGCUUAUGAAAUGACCUCAAGACCUCAAGCCGAUGUAUCGACCAUGCCAGCAUUCUUUCAAGAAAUUGAUGAUUUGAAAUCAGAGAUUGCUGCAGUCGGAAACAAUGUACAAGAAAUCCAAUCUCUUCAUGAGGCCGCCUUGACCUCCACCAAUGAAGCUCAAUCAAAAAAUUAUGCAUCACAAUUAAACGCUUUGAAGAAGGAAACACAACAAAGAAACAAUGAUAUCAAAAAUAGAAUAAAAUUCAUAGAACAAUCAAAUGUGAAGUAUCCAAAUGAUAGUGAUGGUCAAAUUCGUCGAACGCAGACCAAUGCUUUACGAAAAAGAUUUAUGGGCACCAUUCAACAAUACCAAGAUAUGGAGCGUACAUAUGAUCGACGUUAUCGACAACGCAUUGAACGCCAAAUUCGAAUCGUCAAGCCUGAAGCGACACAAGAAGAAGUAGAUGAUAUUAUUGAUUCGGAUAAGUCAAGUCAAGUCUUUACACAAUCGUUAAUGCAAGCCGGACGAACAAGUCAAGCUCGUGCAGUUUUAAGUGAAGUUCAAGAUAGACAUCAAGAUAUCAAAAAGAUCGAACAAACCAUCAUGGAACUACAUCAAUUGUUUAUGGAUAUGUCAAUGCUAGUGGAACAGCAAGGUGAAACAUUGAAUCAAGUAGAAUAUCACGCUGAAGAUACAACUGCAAACUUGGAACAAGGUAACAAAUUUAUCGCUAGGGCCAUUCAGAGCGCAAAAGCAACGCGAGCGAAAAAAUGGUGUUGUUUCUUCUUAACCAUUGGCAUUUGUGUGAUGAUUGCUAUUCUGGUUUGGUGGUUCGCCUUUGGUCAUCCGGGUGUGGUAGGACCAAGUAGCAACAAUAACAGAGCUUCAUCCACUCCAGCUCCAGCAGCCACUCAUACAUAAAUCAAUAUAGAUUCAUGAUUCCAUCUAAAUACUUUUUUGACAGCCUGAACUUUAAUAAAACUUUCUUUUUUCCCUACA